AUGGAAUGUUCCUUUGCGAUCACCGGCAAGGGGUAUGUCAUCAUCGCCGCCGAUACCACUGCCGCGCGUAGCAUAGUCAAGAUGAAAUCGGACGAAGACAAGGUCAAAGUGCUAACACCGCACUUAUGCAUGACGUACUCGGGCGAACCAGGUGAUACUGUACAGUUCGCGGAAUACAUCGAGCGCAACCUCCGGCUGUACCAGAUCCGCAACUACUUUGCGCUGACGCCACCCUCUGCUGCGGCCUGGAUUCGGAGGUCACUGGCUGAAUCCAUUCGUUCGCGCAAGCCAUACGCGGUCAACUUGCUUCUCGGCGGUUAUGACACGACAACACACACGCCGCACCUUUAUUGGAUUGAUUACCUGGGUACAAUGGCCACGGUGCCAUUCGCUGCCCAUGGGUACGGCUCGUACUUCGCUCUCUCCUUGCUUGACCGAUACCAUGACCCGGAAGCUACGCUUGACGAGGGCCUUGCAACACUCAAGCGGUGCAUUGACGAGGUUGCAAAGCGUCUAGUUGUCAGCCCUGAGAAGUACAAGGUGAAGGUAAUUGACAAAGAUGGUGUACGUGAAGUUGAGGUGUAA